AAGCGCUCUUUGACUAAACAAAAUUGUGCCACACACAUACAUUAAAUUUCUAACAAGAGAAAUGCAGCUCGAAACAAGAGUGAAUAUACAACAUUCAGUUAGUUCAGUUGUUUAUUAAGUCAGUGUACAAGUACCCAAAGAUUUACAGUUCUGUGUUUCUUAGUGAAAGCUUUAAUUAUUAACGGUGGAUCAUCGUGACAGUGAAAUUUAACUUUGUGAACGACCUUGACAACUGUCUAUAACGGUAGCGCGUCUUUUACUGAUCUCGCGGUCUGCGGACACCUGCUCAACUUUCCUUUUGAUCUCAGAUCAGGAAAAGAAUAUCAUAAUUUGUUAUUUCAAAAACAGCCUGUGUUCGAAGUUAUAGUUUGUAGAGUUUGGUCAGUUAUUCGAAUAAAUUUUAAAACGAGUUGCACGUCCAGGAUUACGGCCGACUGAAGUUGUCAGCGGGAGAUUGGAAUUUCGCGCCCGGCGCAUUGCUUUGGCUGAUGACGCAAUGUUCGUCGUGAAGACGAGAGCCAGGCGAUAUUCGAUUUCCAAAGUAAAGUGCCUCAGUCGUGCAAAAGUGUGCAAACGACCAAUAUGACGUCCAGGGGCAUCAGGCGGAAAAAAUCUACACUGACCGAAGUCAGAAUGGCCGUCAUAGGCGCCCCGUCAGUUGGGAAGACGGCAUUGACAGUACGGUUUCUUACGAAACGCUAUAUUGGCGAAUACGAUCAUCAAUCAGAAAACAGGUACAGGCAUGAAACUCUAGUCGAAGGAGAACCAAUGUUAUUCGAAAUUCUAGACACUUGCCCUAAGACAGUUAUGGAUUUGCCCUCCCAGGAGGCCGUUCAGUGGGCAGACGGUUUAAUGUUGGUGUAUUCGAUAACCGACCGAGAAAGUUUCAAUUACGUGCAGCGAGCCCGAGCCGAACUGUUCGCGGACGGCGACACGCCCGCGCUGGUCCUCUUAGGGAACAAAGGCGACAUGGUCCAUCUCAGGCAAGUCGGGACUGAGGAAGGAGAAAUACUGGCCAGGGACUUAGAUUGCACGUUUAACGAGAUCACGGCGGCGGAACAGGUGACCCAGGUUGCUGACGCCUUUUACGAAUUAUGUCGAGAAAUAAUGGCAGCUCGCCGCAAAUCUAAGCAGAGUUUGCUCGACCGAAUGCUCGGCGGCAAAAACACAGGCGGACGAGCUUACCUGCGCGGCAAAAGCGACAGUGCACUACCAAAGAACGGAAUCGAAUAAAUUAUAUCGAAAUGAGAUAAAAUGAAGGAGAAAUUAUUUAAUACUAAGCAAAUACAUAGAUACUGAAAUAUUUAUAGUAGUUUAUAAACGGAGGAUGUAAACAUCAACGAAAGAAUAAGCCUAAUGCAAAAAAGUUUUCCGUUUAUUUAAAAUGAUAUUUAAGAAAAAGAGUCCGGCUUUCAUACUUAACGCUAAGCCCAAAAAUCUUUUAUA